AUGAACAACCAUUCUUCCUCAGUCAAUGGUUUCUACAAUUUCCUCACCACCACCCUCGACGAUCUCAACCGUUCAUUUGAUCAUCAUCAUGAUCAUAAUCAAAACCCUAAUUUCAUCUCAACCCACUUCCUCCAAUCCGUCCUUUCCUCUCUCCGUUCAUUCCAUUCUCAAUUAACCCUUUUAGUUCAAAGACUCCACCUUCCCGUCGGAGACAAAUGGCUCGACGAAUACAUGGACGAAAGUUCCCGCCUUUGGGAUUCUUGCCACGUCAUCAAAACCGCCUUCUCCUCCAUGGAAAACUUCUACAUGUCCGGUCUCAAUCUAACCUUAAUUCAUCCUACCCAUAAUCAUCAAUUAUGUCGUCAGAUCAUACGUUUGAUCAACGGUUGUGAAAGAGAGGUUUGGAGAUUUGAGGAAGAGAAUAGAAACCUAACGGAAACAAGAAUUCAUCCGUUAUUGUUUACAUUCGAAAUCACAACGGGGUCAAAGUUAAACGGUUUUAAUGGGUUUAGAGGCGUUCUUUAUGCAAUGAGGAAAGUAAGUUCGUUGCUUUUAAUGAUCAUGUUCAAUGGGUUUCUUGUUUAUAAUUACUUGAACGGUAAUAAUGAUGAAGAAACGACCUUUUUUGAAAAUUGUAAUGAGGGUGUGUUUGGAUUGGAGGGUUUGAUGGGAUCGGUGGGGAGAUUGUAUAAAAGGGUUGUGCAGAAAAGGGGGAUUGGUUUAUUUGAAAUUAGAAAUGUGAGAGAAGCCAUGGGAGAGUUGAAGGAGGAGCUUGGAAGAGUGACAAUGGGUGAGGAUGUUGAUUUAUUGGAGUUGGAGGAGAAGAUGGAAAGAGUGAAGUGCUGUUUUGGAUUAUUGAAAUGUGGGGUUGAGAAUAUUGUUAUGGAGAUUGAUGAUUUCUUUGAUGAAAUUGUUCAUGGAAGGAAGAUGCUUCUGGAUAUUUGCACUCAUCAUAUUCAUAAUCAUACCUAG